AUGGCUUGGAAGGCGCUGCCCAGGCUGAGUCUGCUGCGGGGCUGGCGAAGGUCAGUACUGGCGGGGGGGAGGGGGGCGCGGGGGGGGGGGAGCGCUGUCCGCAGGGUUUUCUUCCCUAGCAGGCGCUUUGCAAGGUUUUCCCCAAGCAGGGUUGCCUUGAUCAUGCAAGAUUGCCCCUUAUUUCAAGGUAAAAUGCCAUUGAUCAUACAAGAUUUAGCCCUUGUUUCAAUGUAAAAUGCCCUUGGUCAUACAAGAUUGCCCUUUAUUUCAAGGUAAAAUGCCAUUGAUCAUGCAAGAUUGCCCCUUAUUUCAAGGUAAAAUGCCCUUGAUCAUACAAGAUUUAGCCCUUGUUUCAAUGUAAAAUGCCCUUGGUCAUACAAGAUUGCCCUUUAUUUCAAUGUAAAAUGCCAUUGAUCAUACAAGAUUGCCCCUUGUUUCAAGGUAAAAUGCCCUUGAUCAUACAAGAUUUAGCCCUUGUUUCAAUGUAAAAUGCCCUUGGUCAUACAAGAUUGCCCUUUAUUUCAAUGUAAAAUGCCAUUGAUCAUGCAAGAUUGCCCCUUAUUUCAAGGUAAAAUGCCAUUGAUCAUACAAGAUUUAGCCCUUGUUUCAAUGUAAAAUGCCCUUGGUCAUACAAGAUUGGCCUUUAUUUCAAUGUAAAAUGCCAUUGAUCAUACAAGAUUUAGCCCUUGUUUCAAUGUAAAAUGCCCUUGGUCAUACAAGAUUGCCCUUUAUUUCAAUGUAAAAUGCCAUUGAUCAUACAAGAUUGCCCCUUGUUUCAAUGUGAAAUGCCCUUGAUCAUACAAAAUUGCCCUUUAUUUCAACGUAAAAUGCUAUUGAUCAUACAAGACUGUCCCUUGUUUCAGUGUAAAAUGCCAUUGGUCAUACAAGAUUGCCUCUUGUUUCGAUAUAAAAUGCCAUUGGUCAUACAAGAUUGCCCCUAUUUUCCAGUUAAAUGCUAUGUCUUGCAUUGAUUCAGUUUGUCUUGCAUUUCCCUUUUUUGCAUGCUGCUGCUUUCUCUCUGCUCCCAACCUCUUGCGGCUUCCCUUCCCUCUUUUCUCUCCACGCUCCUUCCCUUGGCAACUGGACAGCUCAAUUGGUAUUCCAGCAUGGUGCUGACAACACCAAGCUUGCAGGUUCGAUCCCCACAUGGGGACAGUUGCAUCAGGGCUGGAUUUAGGUUUGAUGAGGCCCUAAGUUACUGAAGGUAAUGGGGCCCUUUAUAUGUCCAGCUGUCCUUUGCCAACAACAAAUUGUCGCUGUUUUUUUUCUGUUGAAUAUAUGCAAUAUGGCAAUUUAUGGACCUAAUAGGUAUCUAAAGCCAUUUGCACAUAACAAAAUAUGUAUUUUAUCAAAGUAAUUGUUGAAUUGACAUGCAAUUAAGAAGUAUAUUAAUAGAGAAAUGCAAUUAAGAAGUAGUAUAUUUUUUGGGGGGGCCAAGAGAGUGGGGCCCUAAACUAUAGCUUGUUUAGCUUAUACGUAAAUCCGGCACUGAGCUGGAUAUUCCUGCAUGGCCAGGGGGUUGGACUAGAUGAUCCUGGGUUCCCUUCCAGCUCUAUGCUUCUUCAUCUCACUCCUAAGAAGGAGCAAGGGCAAGGCUUUCAUGUUGUCCCUUCCAGUUCCCUGCAGCUUAGGUUAUAAGGUGUCCAUCAGCAAAGCUGGGCCCUUUCCCUCAGACAGCAACAGGUUCAGAGCCUCUAGAAACAAGCAGAUUUGUGUCAAGAGUCUCAUGCUUUCAGAUUUUGGGGGAGGAGUUCCAGGGAGGUACAGACCACAGCAUCUCCAAGUUGCUUCAAUAUUCAGUAUUUUUAUUUUAAAAGCCUGGUACAGGUCAGGGUGUCAACGUUUGAGAAAAGAAGAUCUUAAACCCUUGAAAAUUUGUUUUUUGUGUCACGCAUUUGCUUCUGUAUUAAAAUGGAUCCCAUGCUUUCAUUGUAUUAGUGCUAGGAUCAGUCACUGGGAUUCCUUCGUCACAAAACUGUAGAAUUGGAAGGGACCACCAGGGUCAUCUAGUCCAGCCUCCUGCAAUGCAGGAAUCUUUUGCCCAACGUGGGGCUGGAACCCACAAUGCUGAGAUUUAAACCUAUUUAUUGUGUAUUUAAUUAAAUAUAUUGAAUCAAAUAUAUUAAUUGUGUAUACUAAAUAAUAUUAAGUAUAUUGCAAACACUUUAAUUUACGAUGUGGAAAUUUAAUUCACUGUGUGGCCUGCGGGUUCUGUGUCAAAGUAUUCGCACUUGGUAUGAAAAGUUGGACCGCCUGGUAUAGGCUAUAAUGUUGUUGUUGUUGUUGUUUAGUCGUGUCCGACUCUUUGUGACCCCAUGGACCAGAGCACGCCAGGCACUUCUGUCUUCCACUGCCUUCCGCAGUUUGGUCAAACUCAUGCUGGUAGCUUCGAGAAAACUAUCCAACCAUCUCAUCCUCUGUCGUCCCCUUCUCCUUGCGCCCUCCAUCUUUCCCAACAUCAGGGUCUUUUCCAGGGAGUUUUCUCUUCUCAUGAGGUGGCCAAAGUAUUGAAGCCUCAGCUUCAGGAUAUGUCCUUCCAGUGAGCACUCAGGGCUGAUUUCCUUAAGAAUGGAGAGGUUUGAUCUUUUUGCAGUCCAUGGGACUCUCAAGAGUCUCCUCCAACACCAUAAUCCAAAAGCAUCCAUUCUUUGGCGAUCAGCCUUCUGUAUGGUCCAGCUCUCACUUCCAUACAUCACUACUGGGAAAACCAUAGCUUUAACUAUGCGGACCUUUGCUGGCAUAGUCUCUGCUUUUUAAGAUGCUGUCUAGGUUUGUCAUUGCUUUUCUCCCAAGAAGGCUAUACUGUUACAUUGUGCCAAAUGAGGAAACAGUCCUCUGUGUGGAGCUCUGCAAAGUUUACUAGUUGAUGGUGUGAAAAGUAAGCACUUCCAGAUCCCAUAGAUUUAAAAAUGGGGGGAGGGAUUAAGCAUAUCCUGGAUUCUCCCGCCAGGAGUGACACGUAUUUGCAUAUAAACACAUAUUACAGAUCUCCAGUAGUCUUUCCUCACGAGGGAAACAACCCAUAAAUUCUCUGGAAAGAGGUUGCACAAAAUAUUGUACCUGGCAUGCAUGAAAACCACCUGCCUGUAUAAGAACUUGCAUAAAUGUAGUAAAUAGCAUGCACACUAUAGUCUAUAACAGUUUGCAUGUUAUUUACAGAAAGGACAUUAUGAAGCAUCAAAACAUGUGAAGCAAUUAGGCUGUACUAGUUGUAUGGCAGGUUUGUAAACAGGUUAUUGCCUAGUUGCCUGUGGCAAACAAGGGCUACCUCCAGGUGACCAGGCCAGGAUGCUUUUGCAAAUUGGCAGAAUUGGGUGUUCUCUCUCUCUAUUCCUGUGAGGUUAUCAGUAUGCUACAAAUACAGGUAAUGUUUCUUGACAAUGGCUUUUUCCUGGCUACUCUCUGCUGGCAGAAAAGUUCUUUAACACCAUCCGGACUUCCUCAGAGUCAGGAGUGCUCAUUAGGUAGUAAGCUUAUAUAGGGGUACCUCGGGUUACAUACGCUUCAGGUUACAGAUGCUUCAGGUUACAGACUCUGUUAACCCAAAAAUAGUACCUCAGGUUAAGAACUUUGCUUCAGGAUGAGAACAGAAAUUGUGCUGCGGCGGCAGCGGGACGCCCCAUUAGCUAAAGUGGUGCUUCAGGUUAAGAACAGUUUCAGGUUAAGAACAGACCUCCGGAACAAAUUAAGUACUUAAUCCGAGGUACCACUGUAAUUAUAAUAAUUUAUCUUCUGCACUUAUACAAUAUUAUACAUUCUGAUCUCAAUGUGACAUAUUUCUGAGUAGAGACGUAUAGGCUAUUUUUAUUCAAAAUUUUAUAGACCACUUCAAAAAUAAACUCAGAUCUAGUUACAAAAAAUAGUAAUACCAUAUAUAAUAAUAAAAAGAUAGAUCUUAGUAAACAGUUCAGUUCUGCUGAAGUCUUAAUGAGGUGCAAAAUGUUAAAACACAGUUGCCAACUCCCUUUCUUGUUUCAUUUUGCUUAGAUGUUAUUUGCUCUGUAAACAUUGACUAAGCUCUGCAAAAUAACAUUAAUAUAUUCAUUUGGCUCCAUUUAUGAUUUUAUUUCAGAAUGGGGAACAGUACAUCUGCUACCACAGACUUAUCUAACACUGCCACUGCUAACCAGAUAGAGGUGAGUGGAAAUGGCUUUUACCUUAAACGUACUCUACUGCCAGUUUUUUGUAUGAAAUUUAUUCAUUUAUACCCUUGCCCCUUAACCAAAGAAGCUCCUGGAGUGUCUUAGAGAAAUUAGGAUUAAGCCCUCGGGUUCACAAAAUAUGUGACACAUGAGGAAGUAGAGAAAAUACUUUUAAAUUAUUGUUUAUAAAUUUUCAGGUUUUUAAAUAAUAAUAAUACCGUUAUUGUCAUUGUACAACCUGUCAUUUUUAAAUGACACAUUAUUAUUAUUUGUUGAAUCUAUUUCCUGCCCUUCCUUUCGAUAGAGCCCAGGGUAGAAAACACAUCCCCAAAUCAGAAAUAUAAACAUAGCCAAUAAUGAAACAUGUUUUUAAUUGUUGUUUGAUUUAGAGAAAAUUCAUGAAAAUUAUUAAUAGAUAGCACCUUUCACAUGGCACAUAUUCAUACUCCGAGAAUAUGUCCUGUUGGUGGAACUGUGGAGCCAUAAAGACUUAUUGGCCCUUUAUGCCCAUUUUCCCCAGACUCCUUGGACUGCUGUUAUGGUUGAAAACAGCACCACUGUUAGAAAUAUUCCAAACAGAUUGGGCUUGUGUGCCUUCUUUCUUAUUUUAAAGGCAGUAACUCCCAAGUUAAAUAAAAACCACUUGUCUUAUCUUAUGGUGGCAGCCCACCUCCUAUAGCCCAAGGUGGAAAGAUGGUCCAAAUUUUAGAUUUGAUAUUUGGCUCAAAAAAGGCUGUGCAUAUUUUAAUCAUGGGAAAACUCACUCAUAAUUCUGAGUGCUGUGCGGAACUGUGGAGCCCGAGGAUUAAGUGUGCAUUUGACUGACCUUGAUGGCGUAUCUUAGUUACUGUACCCAUCUGAAUAUAGUCCAUGUAAAGUAUGAAUUCAUUUGGAAUGUAACUAGUCCUUUUCCAAUUUGUUUUCCCCAUUUAUGUCUUUGCUUGCUUGCCUGUAUUUCCCCCUUAUUCUUUCCCUUACAAUUAGAUGUUAAUGCUCAUUUAUUGGUUCUUCUAUAAACCCAUUCUGUAAAUAUACUCAGUAUUGUAAAAAUGUAUUUAUGCUAUUUUUCUUUUGCAUAUUUAGCAUGCCCAUGAAGCGUAUGUUUGUUUUGUCUUUUAGUUUCCUUUUUCUUUUUCUACUUAAAGAUUUUUUUUUAAAGUACUCAGAUUAUAUUCAAGCACAUUCUGUGAAGAACGUUGGCAAAAGCAUGUCUUGCUUGAUGCAAACAGUGAGAUGUCUAAGAUGACAAAUGUGAACCCAAGGUUUUAUUUUUGCAGUUUAAAGAGGUAAUUCGCUUCUAGAUUAUAGUUAAAUAUUUUGAUUAUUUUUUGAGAGCCAAGACUUGAGCAGACUUUGCCUUCCCCAGUCUUUGUAGGCAAUUCUGGGAUGGGAAAAUCUAAAUGCAAGAACCUUGAUAUUGUUAAAAACUUAAAAGCUUACAUUACGUAUAGAAACUGCUCACGCAAGCUUUUCUUAAAACACUUAGCAAACUAUCUCAGACAACUGUGUAGUGAUCUUCUCGAAAACCACAUGCUCCUACUGCAACAUGGCAAAGAAACUAUUUGAAGAUAUGAAUGUGAACUACACAGCCAUCGAACUGGACAUGUACGAAAACGGAAGCCAGUUUCAAGAUAUUCUUCAUCAAAUGACUGGCGGCAGGACAGUGAGUACUUUCCAAGUUUGGUCACCUAUAGCAGAAACUUCGGGGGUGGGAAUUCUCUCUCCAAUCCCCUCCCCCAGUAGAUACAUUUCUUCCUACAGCAAAUAAUUGACCUGUGGAACUCGUAGCCACAAGAUGUGGUGAUGGGAUGACAUAGACCUCUCUCUCUGUGAAUUAAUCAGUGACCACCAAUCAUGACAACAUGUGCCUAUGAACCUCUGAAUAAAAGUUACCGGAGACUGGUUACAACCCUAACAAUAGGAGUGGGAGCUAUUGCUUUGUGCCCUGUUAUGGCCUUCUUGGAUGUUACAUCAUUAAGAUAUUCAUAUCCAUCAGAUGGGGCUACCUGUUGUUGUUGUUUUUAAGUUUGCUUUCCGUGUUUGAUUUCAUGGUAAAACUUUCAGAGCAUAGAAUUUAGACAAUCUAGCAUGACCUCCUGCCUGCAGAAUAUAUUGUAUACAUACGACUGUAUAUCAUCUGACCCGUCUACCACAAUUAUUAAGUUUGCAGAUGACACCACCAUAAUGGGUUUAAUAACAGGUGGAGACAAAUCAGUGUAUAGAGGGGAGGUCCAAAAAAUAUCUACAUGGUGCCUAGGGAACAACUUGCACCUUAAUAUCAGCAAGACAAAGGAGAUGGUGUUGGACUUUCGGAGGAAGAGAGAACUAGCCCCGCUGUACAUCGGGGAGGGCUGUGUGGAGAGAGUCUCUUCCUUUAAAUUCCUAGGAGUUUAUCUCAGUGAAGACCUUACUUGGAAAAUAAAUACAACCCAGGUGGUUAAGAAAGCCCAUCUCCUCAGAGUAUUGUGAAAGAAUGAUGUCAAUCAACAUUUGAUGAUCUCCUUCUACUGGUCAACAAUAGAAAGUGUCCUUUCAUCCUGCAUCACGGUGUGGUACGCUGGUUUGACAUCAACUGAUAGGAAGUGCCUACAGAGGGUGGUGAAUACAGCACAAGAUAUUAUGGGCUGUCCUGUGAAUCCGCUGGAUGAAAUAGCGGAAGAACAUUGCCUCAGGAGCGUGAGGAAAAUUCUCAGGGAUGAUUCACACCCUGGCCGGCACUUUCUUGAUCUCCUGCCCUCGGGCAGAAGAUAUAGAAACAUGAUUAGUCGCACCAACAGGGUAAAGAACAGCUUCUAUCUGUGGGCUGUUAGGCUGUUGAAUGAAAAGAUAACAACAGGGCAACUUUCGGGUUUGGUGGGUGUACGUCAGUAAACGAGGGGAAUUAAGACAAAGAGAGCUGAGUGGGGGGUGCUCGUGUAAUCUCACUGUAUACAAGUUGUACAGUGACAAUAAAGUAUUUCAAUUUCAAUUUCAAUAUUGAAGAGUUGGGCAUUGCUUGCCAUUUAUGCAUGCCAUUUGUCCAGCUCCAUGGCUAUUUCUGCUACAGCCCAGAAAUACUAUACUGCAGGCAUGGCCACCAAGUAGAUCACUGGACGUCUGCAGUAGAUCACUGGCAGAUCAUUGGCUCCCCCCAAAGAAACUGAACAACUGUGGCUCCCCUAAAAGUAGCUCAACAUUUUACCUCCUCCCUGAAAAAACUCAACAACUUUGACCCGAACCCUGCAAAAAUGGGCCUUCCUCCUUCCUAAAAAAAAAAGCUCCUAAAAAAACUCUUUUGGCCUGCCAGUUUUUAACUCUGUGAGUAGAUCGCAGUCUCUUGGGAGUUGGCCACCCCUGCCAUACCGGGACAUAAGUGGUAACAUUAUAGAAUAUACAGCAUGUGCGUUUUAAGCUUAUAUGCAAGAAAUAAGAUUCAUUUGUUAAUUUUUAUACUCAACAGGUUCCAAGAAUAUUUAUCAAUGGAACAUUUGUUGGAGGUGCUACAGACACACAGAGACUUCAUCGGGACGGCAAACUGCUCCCAUUAGUUCACCAGUGUCUCUUGAGAAGAGGGCGAAACUCAGAACAGCCAUGUAGUCUUCCUUGA